AUGUACGUUUCCAAACUCAUUCUUGGGGUUUUUCGUCAACUCUUCCCUUUAGCUGAACUUAAACGACUUGGGGAAGUCGCGGCCGAGCACAACUACGUGACAAGCAAGUCAGAAUGCCUUCCAAGCACACGGGACAGCAUGCGGGAAUCGAUUCUCAAUCACCUCAAAGAUGCUAAGAAUCAGUUUGUCUGGGUUCGCGGAUCACCCGGGACCGGAAAGACGGCGAUCAGUUUGAGUAUCGCAUCCACACUCAAGGCCGAAGGCACUCUUGCAGCCUCCUUCUUUUGGGACAAAAACCAAAAGGGAACAGGCUUAGAUUCUUUGGGACAGUUCCCUUCUACCCUUGCUCGCCAACUUGCGCUCUUCAGUGCGAACUUCAAGGUAUCACUCGUCAAAUGUCUUCGGCGGCCAGAAAUGGGAUUGUUCCUGAAGCUUCCCCUGGAGGAGCAGAUGCGGGCUCUGAUCAUUGAGCCGAUGAGUGGUCUC